AUGAGUGGGGUUUGGGGGACCGGAGGGCCUCGGUGCCAGGCGGCGCUCGCGCUCCUGGCCUCGCUGUGCCGGGCCCGGCCGCCCCCUCUCGGGCUGGACGUGGAGACUUGUCGGAGCUUCGAGCUACAGCCCCCAGAGAGGAGUCCGAGCGCGGCCGACUCAGGCACCUCUGUCAGCCUCCUCGCAGUGGUAGUGAUUGUGUGUGGCGUGGCCCUGGUGGCAGUUUUUCUCUUUCUCUUUUGGAAGCUGUGCUGGACGCGCUGGAGGGGCAAGGAGGCCUCCAGUCCCACUUCUGCUAACCCUCCCCCGGAGGCCCUCCAGGGCCCCGGCUCCAGAGGCAACAUGGCAGACAAGCUGAAGGACAGCAGCACCCUGGGCUUCCUGGAGGCGGCUGUGAAGAUCAGCCACACAUCCCCAGAUAUCCCGGCCGAGGUGCAGAUGUCAGUCAAGGAGCACAUCAUGCGUCAUGCACGGCUGCAGCGACAAACCACGGAGCCAGCAUCAUCUACCAGGCACACAUCCUUCAAGCGCCACCUGCCACGGCAGAUGCACGUCUCCAGCGUGGACUACGGCAACGAGCUGCCGCCGGCAGCAGAGCAGCCCACCAGCAUUGGCCGAAUCAAGCCUGAACUCUACAAGCAGAAGUCGGUGGACGGGGAUGAUGCCAAGUCCGAAGCCGCCAAGAGCUGCGGGAAAAUCAACUUCAGCCUACGCUACGACUAUGAGAGUGAGACCUUGAUCGUGCGCAUCCUGAAGGCCUUCGACCUCCCUGCCAAGGACUUCUGUGGCAGCUCUGACCCCUAUGUCAAGAUCUACCUCCUGCCUGAUCGCAAGUGCAAGCUGCAGACCCGAGUGCACCGCAAGACCCUGAACCCCACGUUCGAUGAGAACUUCCACUUCCCAGUGCCCUAUGAGGAGCUGGCCGACCGCAAGCUACAUCUCAGUGUCUUUGACUUCGAUCGCUUCUCCCGCCAUGAUAUGAUCGGAGAGGUCAUCCUAGACAACCUCUUUGAGGUCUCCGACCUGUCCCGGGAAACCUCCAUCUGGAAGGACAUCCAGUAUGCCACAAGUGAAAGCGUGGAUCUGGGAGAGAUCAUGUUCUCCCUGUGCUACCUGCCAACAGCAGGCCGGCUCACCCUCACAGUGAUCAAAUGUCGGAACCUCAAGGCAAUGGACAUCACAGGCUACUCAGAUCCAUAUGUCAAAGUGUCCCUGCUUUGUGACGGGCGGAGACUGAAGAAGAAGAAAACGACCAUAAAGAAAAACACUCUAAAUCCUGUCUACAAUGAAGCCAUCAUCUUUGAUAUCCCCCCCGAGAACAUGGAUCAAGUCAGUCUGCUCAUCUCGGUUAUGGAUUAUGAUCGAGUGGGCCACAAUGAGAUCAUAGGAGUCUGCCGUGUGGGGAUCAAUGCUGAGGGCCUGGGCCGGGACCACUGGAACGAGAUGCUGGCAUACCCGCGGAAGCCCAUCGCACACUGGCACUCCUUGGUGGAGGUAAAGAAAUCCUUCAAAGAGUGGCAGGGCCGGGCUGCCAGCUUUGACAGCGAGAGCUCGUGCCCGUCUCCGAAACCACCUCCCACACCAUGAGCUGUGCGACUGGGCGACACCAGCGGGACUCAGCGGCGCUCAUUUUGCACUCGUUCAACUGUCCAAACACAGUGUCGCGCAGGGGCCGCAGCAGCCGCCGCAGGAGUCUUAACGGCU